AUUAGCACCAAACUCGAAAAAACGUAAAUGGUUAGUGAAGUAUCUGCCUAAUGAUGAGUUGUUCCCUCCAUUUCAAGAUUUUGAGGUUGUACACAAAUAUUUGAAAACAUAUUCAAACAAUAUGCAAGCUCGCUUACGAAAACGAGGACAAAAAGGGCAUUGGAAUUAUACACAUACGAUUCGUAAGCCUAAAGUCCAAGGUCAAGUAAUAGAAGUGAAAAGGCAGCUCAGUCAUAAGACCUAUUUAAAUAUGUUGCCACUUAAAGAUGAAAACCACUAUCCAAUUUAUAAAAAAAGGCGAUGCUUUAUACACUGCAAUCAGUAUUAUCAGUUGGACAUUUAUUGUAAACCUUGUCAUAAAAGGUGUGAAGGAUUAAUAUUACUUGAGACAUAUUCCAUUCUUGAGGGCCAAGAGCUUCUUGAUCGUUUGCCAAAAUUCCUAGACAUUGAAGCUGAGGUUACUGGUAACGCAGAGUAUUCAAUGUUCAAUUUGUCACUUGUUGAAGAUUGGGAUAAGUCAAACAAUUUUUGUCAAUGA